AUGAGGCCGUCAUCUGAUCCUUCGGGAUGUUGCAUUGAGUUGCGAGAAAUGGCUGUCAACAACCAAACGGCUACCGCUGGAAGUGGAAGCCUCCAUAAGCAAGACAGUAGCGAGGUGCCAAAGUGGAUUCCUCCUAAAUUGCCACCCAGCUAUGAAGCGAUGGUUGAUGUCUCGAGCGAAAAACCGAUUGGAGCGAGAGCUCUACCUGCGUGGUGCUGUAUUGUGAAAAUCAGGGAAGAUCAUAUUAUAUGUUUUGCUCCGAUACCAGGAGUUCACAAAAUUCUGAUUGCAAGUGAUCUUAUC